CAAAGUUUUCAAAGAGGUACAAAUUUCGAUUUCAAUUCAUGGGCAUCCCUAAUCGGCAAAAAAAUCUAAACUUUCUAUCAAAAUGGACGUGUGUUAAAAAGUGCAGACGAUAGAAAAUUAUUUUUAUUCCAUGUUAUUGAUAAAUCUCUGAAAAGAUGUAUAAUGGAAUCGGGUUACAGACCGCUCGUGGUUCUGGAACUAAUGGAUAUGUACAAAGAAAUUGGGCAUCUGUUAGAAGAACGAAAGAUUCUGUGAAUUAUCGUACUGAAGAGGAGAUAGCUAAACUGGAUUCAGCGUCAAAUAAACAACCAAACCAAGAAAUUCUUGAUCAUGAGAGAAAAAGGAAGAUAGAAGUUAAAUGUACUGAAUUAGAAGAUAAGCUGGAAGAACAAGGGUUGCCAAACGAAGAGAUAGCGGCGCGUGUAGCGGCUUUCAGGGCGAAGCUGUCGGAGUCCAGCGGCGAUAAAGACGUGCAGAAGGACGAAUAUGGGAGAGUUGCCGUACGUGAAACUCAUGCUGUGGCCGAAGCCCAACAAGAAAAAAACGCAAGAUUACGCGAUGCGUUCGGCAUAUCGCCUCGUUUCGUGGAAGGGACAAGUCUUGACCCAGAAAGAAGAGCUAGAGAGGAAGCCCAGAAAUACCCGUUGGUGAGAACUCCCAGCCACGAGAAGGAACAACGAGAUCAGGCUUCAAAGAAGAAGAAGAAGCGGAGUGCAUCACCAGAAGUCAAAAAGUCAAAGAAGAAAAAAUCCAAGAAAAAUAAAAAAGAGAAGAAUGAAUCCAGUAAGAAGAAAAAGAAACGCUCCAAAUCUUCUGAUUCUGAAUCGUCCAGUUCCUCCGAAGGCAGCGACUCCGAAAGUUCCGCCGACGAUCGUCAGAAGAAAAAGAAAAAGAAAAAAUCAAACAAGCGACGUGCCAGCAGCAGACAAUCCAGCCGGGAGAGUUCACCUGAAAAGCAAGAGAAAGAAAAAUACUCUGAACGGCCCAGUGAGAUUCAAGAUGAAAGGGGAAAGUACCGUGACCGGGAAGACCGAAAUCACAGAUUAGACGACAAUAAAAGAUCGGGACAAAGUACUAACAGAGUCCGCGACAGGAGCCCAUCUUAUGAACGGCAAUCUCCAGAAAUUAGAUCGCCGGAAAGAAAGCAAAAAUCAUAUAUUACUAAAAUAGAAAACAAAAAGAAAAUUGACAAAGAUGAAUUUGAUCUUGAAAAGCCAACAGAAAAGAAUAAGCGGGAUCGACGUCGAUCACCGUCGUCUGAUUAUGAAACAAUUCCAAAGAAAAGUGACAAGCGCGACAAUAGAGGUUCUAGUGGGUCUCCGCCACCAGAGAAGAGACGACGACGCAGUCCUUCCUAUAAUAAAAGAGAAGAUCUAUACUCACGAGAAUCAAAACGAGAUGACUCAUACUAUCAAAAAGAAUCUAAGAGAGACAAUUAUCAUAAAGAAUCUACAAAAGAUGAAUCCUAUCCAAAAUCAUCUAAAAGGGAUAAUGAAAGAUAUCAUCGUGAUAAAUCUUAUGAGAAUAAAAGAUCUAUAAGAAAAAGCAUGUCUCCAGAUUACAGACGAAAAGAUAGCAACAGAAAAGACGAGCGACCGGAAGAAAGAAAAAGAUCCGAUGUUGAAAAGGGGAAUUAUAAAAGUGAGCGCUAUGAAAGAUCUCGUAAUAAUAGAGAUGUUGAUGAUUUAAAGCGAAAACGAAAAAGAAGUAGAAGCGCAUCUGAAGAAAGGAGAAAAUCUCGAGAAGUUUCUCCAAAAAACAGUAAUAAUAAUAAAUCUUAUAUAAAGGAUGAUCAUAAAGAACCAGAAAGAUAUUAUAAAAACGCAAGAAAAGAAAGAUCUCACUCACGCGAUUCUAGUUUAGAUUCUCCGCCCCGGCAAAGGCAAAGCACUGUUACUAAAGUAACAAAGGAUACCUAUUACAAAGAGAGAGAUCAAACUCCUUCAAACGACCGCAAAAAACGUAGUCCUUCACAUGAUAAUUCUAGGAAAAGCUCUACGCCUCGUAAUAUUGAUAGAAAAUCAGAGAAAUCCAAAGCAUUGGCUAAAGUAAUUGAUGCUAAGCGUGGCCGAAGCAGGUCCCCUAGAAAAUCUCCUGUAUCCCGCGAAAAUGAUCGGAUUUCUAAAGAGAAAAGAAGGCACUCUCGGAGUAAAUCUAAAUCAAUGUCCCCUUUAAAACGCGCUUCUAAAAAAGACAAAAAGAGUAUUACGCCAACCAGGAAGUCUGAUAGACGUACUUCCUCUCCCAAAGUAGAUCGCCGUGAGGGUAAACGAGCGGCAAGUUCUAAAGAAAAACAUGAAAAAGAUAAAGAUGUUAAAGAAUCUCAAAAGGAAAGAUCAAAGUCGCGAUCAGACCCAAAGAGCAGAAGCUCUUCGAGUCUUAGCUAUUCACCAGCACGUCGAAGCCCAGAGCGCUAUCGAGACAUCAUCGAGAAAUUGCCUGAAAAGGAUAAAAGAAAAUAUAUUAAAUCCCCGUCGGAUUUACAACCAAAGAAAAAGAAAAACAAGGAAGAUUAUAAACCAAAAACAUGCAUGAGGAGUUCUUCGAGUGAAAACGACGAUUCUGAAGAAGAUUUUCUUCGAAUGGACCUUCACGCGCGUCAAGAGGAAUUGAAUAUGAAGGAAUUGGAUAAACUUAAGCAACGAUUGGCUAAACUGACCAAAGCCACGAUGGAACGUAUUAGGAACGAGGAAUUGAGUGGUCCGUCCACUUCAGAAGGACGUAGUGAACAGAAGCUAGAAUGGGAGAUUGAAAGUAAAUCCCCAAAGGAAGCUGAGGAUGAAAUUAAAAGUCAAUCAAUCAAGUCAAUCAGUCCUGUGAAGAUUGACAGCUUAAGGAAGGAAAGCCCAUUGCACGUUGAGAGCUCUAAUGCGAAAGAUGGGAAGAAGAGUAAGUCCCGUAGUUGGUCGCGAACCUCGUCACGGUCACGUUCAAGGUCAAAGUCGCGGUCUCGGUCAAAAUCUAGAGUGAAGUCUUCGCGGUCACGGUCGAAGAGCCGAGUGAAGUCAUCACGGUCGCGGACUCCGUCAGGAUCACGGUCACGUUCCAGGUCCUCGCGUUCAAGAUCUAGAUCCUACUCAUCGUCAAGAUCUCGUUCUUCUCGAUCCAGCUCGUACAGCAGCAGAAGUUCUUCUCGAUCUUCGCGUAGUUCGUCCCGAUCAACGCGAUCUUCGAGAACAAUGACGGGCGUGUACGCGGAUUACCGCAGAUCGAGUUCGACGCGCUCCAAGUCGCGCUCACCGUCGAUCCCGCGACGGGCGGGAUCCCCCAGCUUCCUCGAUAGGAGGCGGAUCACGAGUUAUGGCUUCGACAAAGUGCACGUAAAAGGCCGAUUCCCUAUCGGAGACCUACUCCAUCGACACCAUCUUCAGGAAGUUACUACAGCAGCAGAACCUCAGAACGCAGCUGGUCGCAAUCACCGCGUCCCGAAUAAAAAUAAGACAAAUAAACGUUGAAUCGCUAUUUCUUAUUCCUUAGCAAUUACGGAAACAGAACUACAUGGAUUGGCGGAUUUUUUUUUAAUUAUGUCGAGUUAUUUAAUACUGUAAUAUUUUUAGUGAAACAAGAGAGAAAUUAAAAUUUUUACUCGACAAUAAUUAACUUGAGAUUUAUGAGUUCGGGUAAGAAAAAGGCAAAUACAGUAUCAAGAGGAGAAAUUAUAUUUAGAAAAGGUAAUGCUUAUUUCAAAAGAUUAAUGAUAAUUUGAAUCUCUAUACUUAAUACUCAAUUAUUUAUUUGUGUAAACCUUGAUUCAAACAUUCUAGUCGUGUACCAAAAUCUAGUCAAAUACUAUUUAAUAAUUUAUUUUGUACCUAAUUUAUUUAAAUCAUUUUUUCCAUGUUAUUUUUAUAUUGUUGGUAAUUUUAUUAAUAAUAAUUUAUAGGAGAUGCACCAGAUACUCAAUACAAUAAUACUCUAAGUUUUAGGAUAAUGUGCAAUAUAUUUAUUGACAAUGUAUUUCUAUAAAGCUAGUCAUUUACAUAAAUAAUGCAAUGAUAAUUUUAAGUUAAGUCAGAAUUUUUGAUAGUUAAAUAAGUAGUCAAAUAGUCACUCUAAUACUUUGUAAAUUACAACUUGAAACUAGUGCUUAAUGUUGUAAAACUACUAAUAAUUAUUAAUUACACAUUGUUUCCUGUGAUGAUCUCUGGUGAAAUAAUUAAAAAUAUAGUGAAAUUUUGGACGGUGUAACUUCAACAUUGUUUUCCUUAAAAAUGAAAUUUCCCAUUUUAAACAUUCCAAAGAUUUUCUGUAUACAUA